AUGGACAAGGAGCCACGAGCUUCGUUCCUCAGCCUGCCAACGGAAAUCCAUCUACAAAUCUCAGAGAUGCUGAUAUAUCCUGACGCACUGUCACUUAAGUAUACCAACCGGUAUUUCCACAGCUUCGUCGAUACUGGUAUUGAGCUCAAGGUGGAGUGGCUGGUUGAGCGCCGGCGCCUUCAUCUUGAAUGUCCCAAUUCCAAGCGCUGCGAUCUUGGAACAGACCUGAGGUUUUGCAGAGGCAGCGUACCGCUGCUGAUGAAGCGCCGGCGAGAGCACAUCGAGUGUGAAUCACGGCCUGGGCUGGGCUGCAUCAUCUACGGCACCCCGACUUGUCCCAACCGCAAACGGGGCAUGAAGGCAUGGCAACGCUGGCUCGAAACGAAGUUCACGAUUGAACUGCGCUGGGUGUUAGUGGCGCUACUUGUGGUUUUAUGCAGCUGGCUCUGCACGUUCUUAUGGUAA